UUCUCAACAACAAUUUAUGCCAAACCCACCUUACUUUCCUCCUCCUCAUCAACCAUUUAUGCCGCCCCCGCCUGUGGCGGAUCAUAGUGCUACUAAUUUUGAAGGUUCUGGCAGCCGAAAACGUAUUUCAUUUAUUUUUAAAUUUAUAAUAAUCGAACAUAAAGCAAGGGUUUAUGCGGACAUUUUUUGCGGACAUUUUUGCGGACUUUUUUUGCGGACAUUUUAAUAAAAAUCGAAGCUUUAAUAAAAUAAAUAUUAAAGAUAAAAGAACCUCGCGUGAAACUAUAACACUAGGUGAUGAUAUGCCUUCAAAAACAUCUACACAAUCUAAAAGUAAUAAAAAUCAAGAUAAGAAAAAAGUCAAAGCAAAAAAACAAGAUGAUGAUGUAGUUAGUAUAUCUUCAAGUGAGGAUGAAAAUAGUCAAAAAGAAAGUGAAUCAGAUACCCCUUCUGAUGAUGAAAAAGGAAGUUCUCCAAGCGGAAAAGAUGGUGGUAGUAAUGAAACUGCUUCCAAAACAAGUAAUUCUGACAAAUCAGAAAGUGACAAAUCUUCUGAUAAAUCAUCUGGUCGAUCGACAAGUGGAAAUAGCAGUGAUGGGGGAAAUUCAAGUUCAACCUCGCCAAGUUCAAACUCAAAAGCUUCCGCGGAUGGGAAUACUUCUGACAGUUCUUCAGGAAAUUCUGGCGAUAAUCGAAGAAAAGAAGAACGUACACAAAGGAGAAGUCAACGAUCUGUCGGGCAAAUUUUGAAAGAUGACGAUAAAAAGGGGAAAAAGCCUGUAUAUGUGGAUUUAACUUUAACUGAUGAUGAAGAUGAAUUGGAAAAUGUUAAAAAUUCUGUUGAUGAAAAUGAAGAGGCUAAAAAAGCAAAAACUAAAAAAAUUGGGAAAAUUAUGGGAAAAAGUACUGUGGGGAAUUCUGAUAAAGAAUUUAAAAUUAGAGAUUUUGUUAAAUCGGCAAUUAGUAAAGAAGACAAAGAAUUUAGUGACAAAGAAAGAGGUAAUCCUAUUGAAGAUUACGGCACCCCUCCAAAUACAUCUCCCUUGAUAUGUUGA